ACGCCUACCUGUGCGAGCAGCGGUCAGCUCCAGACUUGGAUCCAAGUCAGCUGCCAGCCUUUUAGCUGACAUGCUGGCAGCUUUGCUGUGCCUGCCGCUGGCGCUGGCGGUUGAGCCAGGCACUGGGGACUUUGAGCCCUGGCUGCGGCAGCUUUGGGAGAAGCCCCGGACGCAGGCGCUGGACCUCCGCGUGGCCAAGGGAUUGGGGGCGAAAGGCUACGAGAAGGCCCGGGUUUCGGUGGUGGCGCCGAAGUUGCUGAGCUUCCCGGACUUUAACUUCACAUACAGAAAGCAGUUUCGCUACAGAUGGACUGACAAUUAUUUGCACAGUUCUCUCAUCGACCUGCAGCCGGGGAAGAACACUCUGACCAUUGCUGGCCAAUCCAUUCAGGUGGACUUGCCGGCGGAGACGGAGGGCAUCCGGGCCGUUUUCUGGUCAGACCCUUGUUUCUCUUCCAAGUGGAUCCACUGCGCUUAUGCCGACAAGUUCCAGACAUUCCCGCGCUCCAUCGCCAUGCUCAACGCUAUCUAUGCCGACCCGAGCAUGGACAUGUUUGCCAUUCUGGGGGACAACUUCUACGAUCAAACCGGGGAGUUGGCCAAGACCAUUUUCGAUCAGCUCUCGCCUGAUGUGAAACGCCGCUUCCUGUUUGUUGUCAACGGCAAUCACGACAACUGGGUGUGCGGCUCGCCGGGCUGCGGAGACAUGGCGGACAACUUCGGGAUCGGGCAGAUGCAGUACUACACAUCGGACCCUGUGGCCUCCAACAUGUGGCUUCAAAACGACGAAGACUUCAUGGACUUCUCCAUCGAUCCAGAAGUCAGGAAGGACUACAAGACGUGGCAGAACGUUGGCACAAACUUUUUGGUGUACCACAAGUUGGGAAACAUCGGAUUUCUGGGCUUCUCUGGUGCAGCUCUCUUCAGCGACAUGCUGCCCUACUUCAGCGAGGCCUGCGACUACUUUGAGCGCGAGCAGCCGGCAGUAGUGUUCCUGCUGGGGCACUGGAAUUCGAAGGGCAUGGGCUGCGGCACGGGCAUGUCGGUGCCAGCUGUGCGGAAAGAGUUGUUGGCUCUCACCUCGUGCAGUACGUUGGGCAACCGCUUGAAGUACAUGGAUGGCCACGAGCAUUGCAAUUAUGUGCAGGACAACAAGACCGAGCCCGUGGGCUUCAUGAUCGGCGCCCACGGGAUGGACGACUCCGCCUGCGAGGCCCAGUAUGGCUUCCUGUACCUCGACAGCACGGAUGCCCGGGUGAGGCUUUACUACUUCGAGGUCCAGUCAGAGUCUGGCGGCGACAAGUAUGACGACCUGCUGAAGUGCGUCUCGACAGGAGGACUCAGCGCAUGCACCAGCAUGGCGCAGAAGUGGCUGGAUGUGCCAGCCGAGCCAGGAACAUCCCCGGUGGUGCGUAGCAACGUGCAAUGGGUUUGAUGCAGUUUCUCUUGCCGAGUUGCGGCAAGAGGGGCACUUUUCGCAGCAUGGCGUUCACAUCGCCAGGGUGAGCCUUCGGAAAAUGUACUCGAGGUGCAGCGUUUGAACAAUAUGCUGCAACCGGGUCCGCACAGCCAGUGGCAAUGUUGGCAGGGCA